AUGUACACGCCCACCAUUCUGGCGCUUCGAGGUGAACUAAUUUAUGUUGCUUCGGUAUCUCCAAUUUACAUCCCAAUACUUAUACCAGUCACGAACUUCGUUCUCACCUUGAUCGGUGUCCUUGCAACCUGCUUUCGGCUAUGGCGCCGAAAGACCACAACUCAUAUUUGGCCUUUUCCCUGGCAUCAAGGACUUCCUACUAACUUGCAUUCAAUCAGUGUUGCCCAGUCUUAUAUUGCUGUCAAUUCGGCUGCCAGAAUUUCAAUCCUUUUUAUCGUGAUCCGCAUCUCCAAUGGAAGAAUGCGGUAUAUUCUCAAAUGGAUCGCCGCUAUUUUCGUUCUGACAUGGGUUAUUCUUACUGCUCAACUGCUCUGGACGUGCGAGGGGAAAAACGCGGAUUGGGGCCCAGGCCAUCUGAUAUGUGUAAUGCCCUUGAGAGUUGCGAUCGUACAAUUGACCACCGAUACGUUGAGCGACGUCAUCUUAAUUGUAGCGCCCCUCCGUCUUGUCUGGAAUACAAAGUUAUCAAGCCCACAAAAGAUCCGCAUUAUAACGAUUUUCUCCAGCACGAUAGCUAUGACCAUUUUCAGUCUCAAUCAUGCUUGUUGGCUGAUAGUAGACGGUGGCGGGUUAUCUGAGGCCCUGGCGGCAGUCAUCCAGAAUUCCGUUAGUCUGAUUGUUUGCAAUUUCAGCGUCAUAAUCGCCUUCAUCUUCCAAGUCGCGGCGGAAGAUGUAAGGAGCUCUUACCAUAUAGAAGUUGGGAGCCUCUCUCUCCGGUGCAAGGUGCCUAGCGGUGUGCCUUCAGGGACAGGUAGUAAGGUACUGCUUCACGUAGAAAUGACGCUCGAAGAUCGUAAUCACGGAGCUGUAGAUGCGACGAUGGUACUCUCGAGUUUAUAUCUUGAUGUUUGA